ACAGGUGGAAAGAGAUGGAAGUCUCAUCAAGAUCCAGAUGAUGACGAUGAAUAUGAACCCAGCUACCACGCUCACUACCAGCAUCACCCGAGACAUGCGCACUAUCACCGCCAGUACUUUACACACCCUUCUAAUGUUCGUGCCAGUCACAGAACAUUCGACCAAUCAGUGCCUUCAUGGCGAUCUCCAUACACCCAGAUUUACCAAGCCUUCUAUCCUACCUCUGCACCCUACACUCCGCAUCCCGCGAGACUGGCAACAUUUCCCUCGGGUCAAGCAAGCUGGCAGCCUCCUUAUCUUCGGAUGAACACAAGACAUUUGCUCGAUGCUGUUGGGCCGAGUGUUAUCAAUCCUUACCUUCAAAAUACUUUCACUUAUCCACAUCGAGAGACUAACUCAUUUUUUAUUCCUCCUCGUCGUGUCUCAUCGACUCCCUAUUUGGAAGCCACGGCUAGAAAUCUCGUGAGUUUCACGCGAACUAUUCCCGAUAUUGCCGCGACUCUCCCGCGUCUAUCUGACAGUGUCUAUCAUUACCCGCGAGUUAUCCCUGGGGUAGCAUCCCGUAGCCGGCAUUUUGGCGGUCACUUAUCAGGACCGUUUCUAAGACACAGCGAGUUCCCUGAUGCUGUUCUCAACAGAAUUAGAGAAUUAAAUCUUCACUGA